GUUGCUCUAAAACAUAUUCUCUCCUUUCACUAAUAACCACAAGUGAUUCUUACCUUACUCUCCAAGUCCGACAUUCAAGCAACUUAUCUUUCUUUCUUCUUCUUCCCAAAGUUGUUGAUGCAAAUUUUAUCUUUCCUUUUUAGUUAAUUUCAUGUUUCCACCCUUUUCUUCUCUUCAUUCUUCUAACCAAACACCUAUAAUCCAACCUCUUUAAUGACAUGUCCAAACCAAAUGGACCCCUUGUUUCAUUUGUUUUCCUACUCGUUUUCUCUUCCAUCUUUUCACCGAAGUUGGUUUUUGGAUCAGUACCUGUUCAUGAACGUAUCAUCAAGAGACCCGAUCCUCUUCGACACUUGAAACACUACAAUGAUGUCUUUAAUGUUACCAAUAAGCAUUACUGGGCUUCAACGGCAUUUACAGGAAUUCAUGGGUAUGCAAUGGCGGGUGUUUGGACCUUGUGUGGAGUAUAUCUGGGGAUUUUCAUGAUUUUCAAGAACUCAAUAACCAGCAAUGAAUCUUCUUCUUCUUGGCUUACUGUCCAUUCGGAUCGUUACUUUUUGCUGCUGUUUAUAUUGUUCCUACUCUUAACGUUGUUCGCCAUAAUUGCUGCCAGCUUCGUCAUUGCAGCAAACCAGAUCUCUCAGCACAGAACAAAGAAACUGAAGAACACACUUGUAAAAGCUGGACAUGAGGUUACCCAAUCCAUUCGAAGAUUAAUUACCGCAAUGACAAGAAUGCAGUACCUUCUGCUUCCUUAUGAUCAAAAGACGUCAUCGAGAUUGAACGUGACAACUCAUAGACUCGGAAGGGAAUCCCGAAUGAUUCGCAAUUUCGUUAGGAAUCAUGAACAUUCACUGGAUGUGGCGAUUCAAGUUCCAUACAUAGCACAUCUUGGGAUUGCAAGUGUUAACUUGCUCUUGUUGGUUGCUGCACUAGUUCUGUUCCUUCUACAUUGGCAUCCUGGACUUAUCUUCAUAAUUGUUUUUUGCUGGAUCUUAACAGCUCUGUGCUGGGUUUUCACCGGUUUUGAUUUUUUCCUUCACAUUUUUGCUGAAGAUACUUGUUCAACUUUUGAAGAUUUUGUGCAAGAACCCUACAACAACAGUUUAAGCUCAUUGUUACCCUGCAUGAGUUCAAGAAAAUCAGAGAAAAUUUUGACCGAGAUCGGUUCCACCAUCCAUGAUUUCAUAGGGAAGUUGAACUCAAAAAUAACUGAGGUGUGUACAACUAUGGGGCUGAGCGAAGAAAAUUUCGAAAUGCUCGGAUUCAAGAUGAUAUGUGACCCGUUCUCCGGAGCACCAGACUUCAACUAUGAGCCUGGAGACUGUGCUAAAGAUGCCAUCCCUAUCGGUAAAAUACCAGACAUCAUUUCAAAGUUCACCUGUUACAAACAGAAUUCAACCGAAGCAUGCUUAGAGAAUGGGAAAUUCCUUACAGAGGAUGCUUCCAACAAGGCAUUGGCAUAUAGCUAUACUGUUGAGUCAAUGCUUGAUGUAUAUCCUGAUCUGCAGAGCUUGACAGAAUGUACCAUGGUGAAAAACACAUUCUCUGAGAUUUCCCUGAAUCAAUGCAAGCCAUUCAGGUCAUCCCUUCUUUGGCAGUGGGCGUCUAUGCUAUCCCUUUCCAUUUCCAUGGUGUUUUUAGUGUUCACUCUGAUUCUCAAGGCUUAUCAACAAAGGGGAAGAAACUUUUCUAUAUGUUCAGUCUUCCCUAACAGAUCAAACUCUGUAAAUGUAGAAAAUCAAAAUGUACAGUAAAUAAAAAAGAAAGAAAGAAAAGAAAACAAACUGUAUCAUUUGUAAAUAUAAUAA